AUGCUCUACGGUGGCUCUCGCGUGCAGUAUCUCGUGCAGCCGCCAUUCACGCUUCACAAGAUUCGCAGCGAGAAUCUACCACCGCCGUCUCUCUACGCGGAGCGGCAUGACCUUGGGCUCGAGAUGCAGCUGCCGCGUGACAUGCACGUCUACAACAGCAUUAACAUGGCCAUCCAACGCCAGGUUGGUGGAGAUUCUAGCACGCUGGACGGGGAGCAGCAGCAGCUGCAGGGCGGGCACGCUGACGGCUUCGACAUGGGUGCUUUCUUCACCGAGCAGCACCACCCUGAGCGGCAUCACAACUCCUCGUUGCCGUACGCCAAACACGAUACGAACAACGUGCUCGCGAUGCGGCUUUUUCCUGUCAACGUUGGCGUUCGCGCGCGUACAGAGGCGAUUCGGAUUCGCACCGACGACUGCCUGCAGCGCCUCCGCGACGCUGAUCUCUGCGCGAAGAUGCGCCUACCGCUCGAGCACCCCCUCCCAUUGAGCCGCCGCAGCCAGUACGCGGCCAUUCAUCGCGUGCGACAAGAGCGUUGCUACGAUGCUCCGACGGAGGCGGCGGGAGAAAGAGCGGCGGCAGCGGCCGAAGAGGCAUCGCGAACGGCGCAUCUACGCGGCGCUGCUGCGCAUCCGCCGCCGUCAGAGCUCUCAAUCGUAACUCGGCCAGUCGACCGCCUUGGCAGUCACAGCGGCAGCAGCGCUGCUGCCUGCACCGCAGAUGCAGAUCACCUAAGCUUCCCCGUACACCCCUUUGCAGCUGCUGCUGUCUCGUCCGGCUGCCACAGUGCGCGCAGUGGUAGUGCCGCCCGACUCGCCUCGCAGCGUUGGCUGCCGUUGCAGACGCUGAAGCCGAUGGGGCACAACUGGAGCGCCGCAACGCGCAGCAGUGGUGUACGCGGGCCGCACAUGCAGCUCAUGCAAGAGCGACUUGACCAGAAGGGCUUUGGCUGGAAGCGCAAAUCUCGCUCACUUUGGCAGCAGGACGUGGCAACGGCCGGCUUCCGUCCGCAUCGCUACUUCUAA